AUGGAAUUCAUGGUGAAAGCAAAGAGAGUAAUGGCUUUCAUGGCUAUGGUGGCUUUGAUUGGCACUGCUGACAUUGCUGCACAGUCGACAAACUGUGAUUCUCUAAUGCCCACCGUGGUUCUGUGCUUCAACUUCCUUGCAGGCAACGAUCAAUGCCCAUCUCCAGAGUGUUGCAAAGCCUUGACUAACGUUGUUCAUAAAAGCCCAGUCUGUUACUGCCCGCUGUUAAACGGAACUGGAGGAGAUCAACUAAAUGUGACUAGGGCGCCAGAUCUUCUCAUGGAAUGCAUGGUCCCAUUUCCAGGAAUCUGCGGUGAUUAUGAUACAAAUUUGAGUUUAGAUGAAGCUCCAGCUGUGCCAUCUUGUGGAGCUUUGCCACCUCUUCCAUCUGUGCCAGCAGCUCCUGCUGAAGCUCCAGCUGUACCACCUAGUAUAGCUUUUCCAGGAAAUCCAUUUGUUCCAAUAACUACAACUCUUGCUCCCUCUCCCUUUUUCAGAAGACUGCUUGGUACCUUUGUGAAAAGACGUGGUGGGCACUGA